GAAAAGAAGGAAACCGAGACCAAAAUGAGAAAAGAAAAUGAAGAAAAGCAAAGGUUUCUAGCUUUGUCUGAUAGAGAAAAGAGAGCUCUAGCAGCAGAAAAGAGAAUUCUGCAGCAAUAUGAUUCUCAGCAGAUGUCUAAACCAGUGCUGAG